AUGUCAGGUUUUGAAUUCGCCUCAAGAAUUAUCAUUGCCCAGAGGCAAUAUUCUGCACCCACAGCUACAGUGGUUGUCCCUGCAUCGCUGGAGAAGCAAGAUGGUAAUUUGACCAUCGUAACUACCGGUGUUUCCAUUGAGAAGAGGAACUUGGUCCGUUCUAGCUCUUUGCACUCCCACUCUGUUUCCUUGGAGAUUGGUCAGGCAAUUGGCACAGACUACAGCCCCAGCCUUGUCUCUCUCGCGUCUACCCAUGGCAGACCAGCAAUGUCGAGCAUGUCAAGUUUCAAGACGACCAAGUGUAUGUCUGCCUCCGGUAGUACUAGUGGGGAUUGGUUCGACAUCUUUCCCUUCACAUCUGUACUCCCUAGACUUUCCUCUUUUGACACAUCUGACUUCUCUCUGCGCCCAACUUUCUCCCGCUGCCCAUUGGCUGAUGCCAUAUAG